AUGCUUGCUAGACUUUCUCGUUUUGCACUUACCAGAUCGGUUGCAGCACGCCCAUCUAUGGCGCUGAGAUCACCACUCCUCAGAGCUGCUGCUCAAAGUCCAGUCAGCAAGCCUCAGUUUGUAUUCGCCAGAUUUGCAUCUUCGCCAAAUGAGAACGAUCUUCCAGACGAGGAUAUUUUAAAAGUGCAAGAUGUGGUUAGCAAAGUGCAACAGCACCCCCACAUUCGGGAACUCUUGAACGAAUUCCAGGAUAUCAUCGUGAAGAAGGGUUUCAACCCAAAUGAGCAACCUUCAUUCACACAAGUUAUGAGGCUUUUUGCCGACAAGGAAGUGAGGCAAUUAAUCUCGAAGUUGAAGGAUGCGUUUGACGAGGCUGGCAUCAAGGUAUCACCAGAAGACAUGAGUCUGUUCAUGAAGAUGUUCAAGAAAUAA